GCGUUUGUCUGCCCCGGUGAGGCGGAAGCGGCUGCAUUGGGAAACCUGGAGUUCCUCCGUGGCCUGGUCUGACCUGGGUUACCGGCAGGAGCAAUGGUGCUCCAUCAGAUGCCCAGGUGGUCUGCGAGGCUCUUCCGGGCACCUCCAGGGUGGAGGAGGACUUGUGUUCUGGGACCCUCUAUGGGGUCGAGGUGGCUGCCUGACCGUUGGGGCAUGUACAGCCCCUUGGUUUGCAGAGGGUACUCCUCAGCCUCCGGCAGCCCCGAGGUGAUGCUGACCUGCAAAAGAUACCCUGUGCAGCGCCUGCCAUUCUCCACGGUGUCUGAGAAGGAUCUGGCUGCCUUUGAAAGCAUCAUACCUGGCAGAGUCAUCACAGACCCAGACCAAGUGGAGGCAUGCAACGUGGACUGGCUGAGGUCUGUCCGGGGCUGUAGUAAGGUGUUGCUGAGGCCCCAGACCUCAGAAGAGGUGUCUCACAUUCUUAGACAUUGUCAUGAGAGGAACCUGGCUGUGAACCCACAGGGAGGGAACACUGGCCUGGUGGGGGGCAGUGUUCCUGUCUUUGAUGAGAUCAUUCUUUCCACUGCUCUGAUGAACAAAGUCAUCAGCUUCCACAAUGUGUCUGGAAUCCUGGUCUGCCAGGCGGGCUGUGUGCUGGAGGAACUGAGCCGCUAUGUACAGGAACAGGACUUCAUUAUGCCAUUGGACUUAGGAGCAAAGGGAAGCUGUCAUAUUGGGGGUAACGUGUCAACCAACGCUGGUGGCCUCCGGUUUCUGCGAUAUGGCUCUCUUCGAGGGACUGUCCUGGGCCUGGAAGUGGUACUUGCUAAUGGCACCAUCCUGAACUGCCUGACCUCCCUGCGGAAAGACAACACAGGCUAUGAUCUGAAGCAGCUGUUCAUUGGGUCAGAGGGCACCCUGGGGAUCAUCACCACCGUUUCCAUCUUGUGCCCACCCAGACCCCAGGCUGUGAAUGUGGCUUUCCUUGGCUGUCCUGGCUUUGCUGAGGUUCUACAGACCUUCACCACCUGCAAGGGGAUGCUGGGCGAGGUCCUAUCUGCAUUUGAGUUCAUGGAUGCUGAGUGUAUGCGGCUGGUCAGACAGCACCUACACCUGGCCAUCCCAGUACAAGAGAGUCCAUUCUAUGCCCUGGUUGAGACCUCAGGCUCCAGUGUAGGACAUGAUGCUGAGAAACUGGGCAGCUUCCUGGAGCAGGUGCUGGAUUCUGGCCUGGUGACUGAUGGCACUGUGGCCACCGACCAGAGGAAAGUUCAGACGCUGUGGGCCCUGCGAGAGAGGAUCACAGAGGCACUUAGCCAUGAUGGUUAUGUGUUCAAGUAUGAUAUCUCCCUCCCUGUGGAGAGGCUCUACGACCUUGUGAUUGACCUGCGCACCCGUCUUGGCCCUCUGGCCAAGCAUGUGGUGGGCUAUGGGCACUUGGGGGAUGGCAACCUUCACUUGAAUGUGACAGCAGAGGCCUUCAGUGAGGGGUUACUCAGUUCUUUGGAGCCCUACGUGUACACCUGGACAGCGGAGCAGCAGGGCAGUGUCAGUGCGGAGCAUGGCUUAGGCUUCAAGAAGAGGCACGUGCUUGGCUAUAGCAAACCACCUGUGGCUGUGCAGCUCAUGCAGCAGCUCAAGUUACUGCUGGACCCCAAGGGUAUCCUGAACCCGUAUAAGACACUUCCUGCUCAGGACUGACAGGAGCCCUUCUGCCUGCUGCCACAGUAUGUCAGGGGCCUUGGGUAUGCAGGGCUGGUGGGCCUGGAGGCUACCUACAGGAUGGCACCAACAGCAGGCCAAGUAUCUGGUCUCAUCAGCCAGCUAGGAGCUAGCUCUGAGGCCCCUCCAGGUUAUGUUACUUUUCUGUCAGGGGAGUAGAGCAGAUGGAGCUGUCUGGCCCCACUCCCCUUGGCCUUCUGCCAGCUGAUCUUGGGACAGACUAGGUGGGCGGGCAGCUCCCUUACUCCCUAACAGGCCAAGUCUUACCUGUUCUGUGGUGGCCCUGGGGGCAUACCUUGUUUGUUGCAGCCCUGGGAGGGGCCUUGCCACUGGAUCCCCAUGCAGUGUGUGCUCUGUGAGGGCUACAGCAGAGCUGAUCAGCUCUAAACCAGGUACCAAUCAUGGUCCAGAAAACCAAGAUUUAUCCAUCCGAAGUCAAGUGGAACCCACUGUCACCCUGAGCAGGUCCUGGGUUUCUGACUAUGAUCUAUCUGACCAGCCCAUUUCCCCGCUGUGAUUAUCUUGACCCUUCUAGCUAGAGGAUAGUCCUGGCACUGAAGUGAAAGCCAACUUUCAGACGAGCAUAACACAUGGGCCGUACACUAUCCUCUGGGACUUGGCCAGCCUCCCAGGUGCCCUCUUGACCUUGGAUCUUGGCAGUCUGGGAAGUUGGACACACCUUUUUUCUUUUUGACUGUCAUCAAUUUCCAGAGAAAAAUGUGAAUCACAGCCUUCUGCUGUUGCUGCUAGAAAAUUAUUCUCAUAAAGACAUUUGUAAAGUU